AUAGUCCUGCAACCACACACGCUUUGUCCCCUCGCUCAAUCAAUUGCGAAGUAGCUAGGGUUUUGUCCACCUAGGGUUCACAUUCGCCCAAAUUCGUCAUCGUUCCUCCGACCAGCAGCCAACCAUGACCGGAAAGGCGAAGCCAAAGAAGCACACGGCGAAGGAGAUCGCGUCAAAGGUUGACGCAGCGACGACGAACAGGGGCGGAGGGAAGGCGGGGCAGAUGGACAGGACUGGAAAAGACAAAGGAGGUCACGCCAAGUAUGAGUGUCCUCACUGCAAAACCACCGCGCCGGAUCUGAAAUCUAUGCAGAUCCAUCACGAUGCUCGCCACCCAAAGAUUCCUUUCGAGGAAGAUAAGCUCGCGAAUUUACACGCUACUCAUGUCGCCGAUUGCUCUAAGGGGCGUCCUGGUGUUAGGGGCAGCUUCAAGAAGUGAAGGGUGAGGAGGAAGGUUAUAAAGAUUAUAACUUCCCUUUUUUUUUCUGGUUUUUGUUUUUCUGGGUACUAUUGUUCUUCUGUUUUUUUUUUCUUGUGUUGUGUUGUUGGGAAGCUAUGAUGAUAUUGAUUCGCAAGGAAGUUUUUAGCUUCUGUGCUGAUCGUGUAAUGUAUAUUAGAUAUAUUAUUUUUAUAAUUAUGAAGCGCUUAUUCCCUACGGGUAUUUUUCUAA